AUGCCGCAGGGAUACACGUCCGGCGGCGCGGGCUACAUUCUCUCUCGGGCUGGCCUAAAGCUCAUCGCUGAGGGUAUGCUGAGGAAUGAGACAGGCUGUGAGGCCGCUUACGAAUCGGAGGACUACCGGCUGGGUAAGUUUGUAGUUUCGUUAAGAAGAUUCGAUGAGAAAAAAAACUUGCGCUUGCAAAAUUUCUUCAAAAACUUUCAAUCAACACUAAUUGCCCGACGUGAGGGCGAGAAGUAG